CAUCUUAUAAAAUAAUAAUACUGGCACACCAAACUCUCAAGUCCCAUCUCUCUCUCUCUGUUUCUUUCAAAAUUAAACAAUGGAUGUUCCCAUGUUAGUAUAUGCUUUUCUCAUCUUCUAUCCCCUCUUCAUCUUAUGGAGGCGGAUUGAUAGGAAAAGGGACCGAGAAUGUUAUAUACUAGACUAUGAGUGCCACAAACCAACCGAUGACAGGAAACUUGACACAGUGUGUUCUGGGCAAGUGAUAAUGAGGAACAAAAAUCUUGGUCUGAACGAGUACAAGUUUCUGUUGAGAGCUAUUGUGAGCUCUGGAAUUGGCGAGCAAACCUAUGGCCCCAGGAUCAUAUUCAACGGUCAAGAGGAGAACCCUACAUUACAAGAUUUAAUUUCGGAGAUGGAGGAGUUCUUUCAUGACAGCAUCGGAAAGCUCUUGGCUAGGUCAGGCAUAGCUCCUAAAGAAAUCGAUGUUCUUGUAGUUAAUGUUUCCAUGCAGUCUAUUGUCCCUUCUUUACCCGCUAUGAUCAUAAAUCACUAUAAACUAAGGGAGGAUGUUAAGGUUUUUAACCUCACUGGGAUGGGUUGUAGUGCAAGCCUUAUAUCCGUCAACAUUGUUCAAAACAUUUUUAAGACUUACAAAAACGCUUAUGCGCUUGUUGUCACCUCGGAGUCUUUAAGUCCAAAUUGGUAUGCAGGCAGUGAUAGAUCGAUGAUUCUUGCAAAUUGUUUGUUCCGAUCUGGUGGGUGUGCCAUGCUCUUGACUAACAAAAGGGCCUUAAAGCAGCGUGCCAUGUUCAAAUUGAAGUGCCUAGUCAGGACACACCACGGAGCCAGAGACGAGUCGUAUAAUUGUUGCCAACAAAGAGAAGAUGACCAAGGGCACUCAGGGUUUCACCUGGACAAGUCACUCCCAAAGGUCGCUACACGAGCUUUGGUCGACAACCUUAGAGAAAUAACCCCUAAGAUCUUGCCUGUAAGGGAGCUGCUUAGAUUUAUGGUGGUGUCAUUUAUUAGGAAAUGUUGGAGCCACAGAUCCACAAAAGGAGCUGGUUCUAGUCCUAAACCUGUGAUAAAUUUCAAGACAGGUGUUGAUCACUUUUGCAUUCACACUGGGGGUAAGGCAGUGAUCGAUGGGAUUGGCGUUAGUCUUGAUCUCACCGAGCAUGACUUGGAGCCAGCAAGAAUGACUCUGCAUAGGUUCGGCAACACAUCUGCGAGUAGUCUUUGGUAUGUUUUGGGAUACAUGGAGGCCAAAAGGAGGCUAAAGAAAGGAGAUAGGGUUUUGAUGAUGAGUUUUGGUGCGGGCUUUAAAUGCAACAGCUGUUUGUGGGAGGUGCUUAGAGACUUGGGGGGUGCAGGUAAUGCGUGGACGGACUGCAUUGAUAGCUACCCACCAAACUCAUUGAUCAACCCCUUCUUGGAGAAGUAUGGAUGGAUUAACAAUGAAGACGAUCCCAGCACUUUUGUAUUCCCUUCUCCUUCUUAAGACAUGGGUCAAGGUUUUAACUUCUUCGAGCUUCACAUAUUUAUUCCUCAAAUCCUUUUUCCUUUUUUACUACUCUCAUGAUCAAAAAAGGCCAUAUCUUCGUUCCUCUGUAUUUUUAUUUUCUUUCCUAAAAGCUACGUACACCACUAAAUUAAGCUGUUAUAUUGUUGAAUCCUCCGGAGGAUUUCAUAACCCAAUAAGGUGUGCUGCUUCCAAUAUGAUGAGAAGUCAUCCUGUUAGAGGGCUGUAAUCCUUUUCUAGUUUUUUUUUUUUUUUUAACUUUGCUUUGUUUUCACCGAUUGAUUGUUUAACGGUACUGUCUUAUUUGUUUUUCCCACAAAGAGUUUGUAUUAAUCUUUCUCUUUCAGAAUAGAAGAAUUGCUUUCAAACCGUCCUCCCCUGCA